AGAGAGAGAGAGAGAGACGUGUACGACAAACGACAUAUUCCAAAUGCGUCUUGACCGGAAGUUGAGGAUCGUCGCAUUGGCAGGGUGGCAGCAGAGGAUGCUCGGCUCGAGGGCAGCGGCGGGAGACGAGGUCGCAGCAGUAGCAGUAGCGCGCGUCAGGCGCUUCGGUAGCAGAGGUUCUCACUGAGCUGGCUUACCCUGCGGUGGAUUUAGGGGGCUGUAUGGAGGCCGGGGGGCUCCUGCCCCGCCAGCCCCCGCAAGGCCCCCCCGGCAACCAGCCUGGCCCGAUCUCGGUCUGCGUGGGCCAGGCUCCGCAAAACACCGGCAACAACAAUAGCAACGUUAUCGGUCAAUCGGCCGGGAUUCACGAUCUGAACGCUACCGGCCAGUUGAACGUAACCGGUCAACAGCUGCAGCUGCAGCAACAAAUGGGUCAAGCACCUGGUAUGGGUGAGGUACUCACCCCCAAGAGGCAGGCGGUCGUCGAUCGUCUCAGACGUAGGAUCGAGAGUUAUCGUCGCAGACAGACCGAUUGUAUACCGCGAUUCGAUCAGAGCUUCAACGGGCUGUGCGAGCAGAACAUACAGGACACGUUGGUGCUGAAGCAACGUUUCCUCGAGAGCAAAGCGAAACGACAGGCGAAGAAGACGGAUAAGAAGCAAAGCGACCCGGUCGGCCUCUCCAGCGUUCACGUGCAGCAAAAAUUCGUGAAGAGGACGGCCGAGGAGUUGGAGCCAUCCGGCGGCGGUAGCGGAGACGGUGGCUUCGGCGAGCCCCCGGUGAAGCUGCAAUGCACCCAGGCACAGCAUCAGCAUCAGCAGGGUCCAGGUGGCGGAGGUGGAGGCGGGCCUCAUCACGGCCACGGUCAGCAUCCGCCUGGAAAUGGUGCGAAUUCAACGGGGCAGACGCACGGCGGCGGCGGGGGCGGUGGUGGUGGCGGCGGGAACGAGGGUCUGACCAAGUUCUCGGUGGAGAUCGUGCAGCAAUUAGAGUUCACCACGUCGGCGGCGAAUUCUCAGGCCCAGCAGAUAUCGACGAACGUGACCGUGAAAGCGUUGACGAACGCCUCGGUGAAGAGCGACCUGUUGAACGCAUCCUCAUCCCCAAAGUCUGGCCCCGAGACGCCUGCGUCAGCGACUUCGAGGGCCCAAACUGGGAACAACGGUGGCGGUGGGCCUGGCGGAGGUGGAGGUGGCACCGGUGGCCCAGCGUCCGGUGGUGGUAUCGGUUGCGUGGACAUCGGUAACCUGGUCGAGUGCAAACAAGAACCGGACAACGAGUUCGUCGACUUGGAACAAUGCGCGGCAGCCCUCGAGAAAGACGCGGCGGCGAACGGCGCCGGUUUCCCCGGUUUCUCGGACUUCAUGGGCGACGACACCGGUGACGAGAUCAUCACCUCGGACGCGUUCAAAGAUCUAAUCUCCGAGAUCUCGGAUUUCCAUCCGGAGUUCAUGAAGGACUUCGACUUCGAGGACAAGAUACCGGUCGAGGCGUUGGCGAACAAUGCGGCGGUCGCCGCCGCCGCAGCAGCCGCCGCGAACAAUAACAACAACAACAGCAUCGCGACGAACAACGGCCAGAUCAAGAUCGAGGAUGACAAGGACGCGAUACACCAACAACACGGGAACACCAAUAGCAAUAGCGUGAACAAUGGCGCUCCGACGAACAACGGGAAUGCCCUGCCUGCUAACUCCAGUCCUGGUGCCCUCGGCUCGGCUCAAUACUCGCCCGCCAGGCUACCAUAUUCCGGCCUGGAUUUCAAGUCGGAGAUGAGCCCAGCCGCUCAGACCCUGAAGCAAAUGGCCGAACAACAUCAGCACAAAAGCCAGCAACUCGGUCUCGGUGGAUUCAAUCCAAGCGCUGCUGCAGCCGCCGCUGCUAGAGGACCAACCGCUCGAUCUCCUUACGCGGAAUUCCCGCAAUUUGGCGGCACCUCGGACUACCUGGGCAGCCCGGGUAGCAACGGCCCACCCGGCGGACAGUCCCAGGCGAAUACUGGUACCGGAUCUUAUCACAAGAACAACGGAACAUCCGGAUUCCAGAGCCAGCAAGCGAACGACAUAUUUGUCGGCUCGCAAACCCAAUUCGCCGCGGGCCUGGCGGACAUGAAGAGACCGCAACCCGCCCAAGGUGGCAAACCCAGCAUGCUUGGCCCCAGCGGCGGGUACAAGCAACAGUACUCGCCGUAUGGUGGUAGCCCCGGAUCGAUGCCGAAUCAUGGCAGUCCAGGGUAUCCGCUUCCACCGAGGGGAUCCCAGGGUGCCGGACCCAAUCAAACCGGAUCCCAAGGACCCUUCACGAGCUCCACGCCGCCGAGACCUCCCUCGGGACCCGGCACAUCGUCCCUGCAAAUUAACCAGGCGCAGCAGCUACACAUCAACAAUCCAGGACAUCAGAUUCAGGUGUCUGCUGGUCAGCAUAUGCAGCUGACGGGUGACCUGAAGCCGGGCGUGUCCGUGGCGGCUCAACAGGGCAUGUACUUCAACCAGCAACAGACCCAGAAUCAGUCCGGGCCUGGUGGGCAAACCGACACCUAUUGCUCGGUCUCGCAGUCGCAGACCAUCAACUUCACCCAACAGAGUCUGAGGCAAAGAGCCGCAGCAGCCGCCGCUGGAGGAGUUCCUCAGCCUGCUGGGGCAGCCGGUGGCCGUAGCCAUCCUCAGCAAGUGCCGCCGAAUCAAGUGGACCAACAUCAGCACGCGAAGAUCCUUCAGCAGCAGCAGCUGAUGCGCGCCCAGCAAGUGAUGCAACAGCAACAGCACAUGGCCGGUGGAAUGGGAGGCGUGAGACCGCCGCCACCGGAAUACAAAGCGGCCGCGCAGGCCCAAAUGAUGCACGCCGGUAUCGGCAUGGGUCAGCAGGCGAGGUUUCCCAAUACCGGGCCUAUGCGCAGGGUUACGCAACAGCCUAUGCCACCUUCAGGUCCGAUGAUGAGGCCGCAAAUGGCGCAGCAGCAACAGCAGCAGGCGUUGCACGCGGCUGGUGGCAACAUGUACAUGGGCGGCGGCGGUAUGGCCGCCAUCGGCGGAAUGCAUCAGAUGCAUCAACGUCUCGGUUAUCCUAGGACUAACAAUCAACGGCCGCCGAACGUCAGUGUCGGCCCGCCCGACGGCCUUGGGAAUAGCAUCGCGGGUCGUGGCGCUCAGCAGGAGUGGCGACACGUUCUGAUGCAGCAGCAGGGCUUUCAGGCGCAGAUGCGAUCGCAAUUCAACCAGCAAGGUCAUCAAGGUGGAUUCGGAAUGGGCGGUACGGGCGGAAUGCAGAUGAACGCCGCGCAGAUGCAGCAUCAACAGCUGAUUCGCUCUCAGAGUGGAGGUAUCGCUGGCUCCGGUAUGGGGAACAGCUCUCAGAUGCAGCAGCUACUGUCGCAGCAACACCAGCAGCAGGCGUUGGCCAUGCAGCAGAGUAAUAAUCAGAUGUCGCUGCAGAUGCAGAUGACGCAGUCCUCGUCAGUCAACUCUGUCAGCAGUACCGGCACCGGUUCCCCGUUGCACCCGCACCAACAAUACGGCGCCGGCAGUCCAGGUGUUCGUAGCCUGCCGCAACAGCAACAACAGCAACACCAACAACCACCCGUGACCGCUACGGACCCGUCCGUGGCCGCGGCGGACUUCAGCCUCGAGUUUCUGGAGAAUCUUCCGACCGGGGACACGUCGAACUUCAGCGCCCAGGAGCUCUUGAACUCCCUCGACUCCACGGCGAGCUUCAACCUCGAUAUUCUGUAAGGCCACGCCUAUCGCGGUCCAUUCGGGAAUCGGAUCUUAACCAGGCCGGUCGAGACACGAUCGCGCUAACACAAACCCUGGGUACGAUCGAUCGAUCCUACAAACGAUCGAUCGUCCCCCAUGGGAGCAUCCCCUAGACGCUAUCCAGCUUAACGGGCCGUCGCGAACUCCCGUCGUGUCGUGGAUUCACGGUUUCCACAGUUCCUCCAUCGAAUCAUAGGAUCGAUGACCACACCUGUGCGUGUGCGUGUGUGCGUAUGUGGAACGUGUAAUUCAGGGAGUAAACGAAACGAGGCAAUGACGCCGCCCGACAAUGAUCGCCGAACGAAACCAGGAAUCGUUAUACUGGGAUCGAUCGCAGGGUAGUUAAACAAGAAAGAGGACGAUCGAAGCAGACGAAUAUUCAAAGAUGUACAUUAUACCAAGAAGAAGAGAUUUCCAGAGACGAUCGGGACUCCAAGAAAAGUUCUGAUGCUCGUUAUCGAUUCUUCUAUUCGGUGUGUCCAGCAGUGUAGGGGUGAUCACAGUCGAACCGGGGAGAGAACCAAACGCGUCACCGGACGACUCCGUGUAAUAUAGUAUCGAAUAGGAAAAAGUUUCCCCUCUGUCGUUCGACGCUCGUUUCUCCGGCACCAGGGCGAGAACGUGUGCGACGAGCCCGUGGGUGGUCGCGUUCACCAGGUUGCAACGUCGAAUGACAUUUUUUUUCGGGGUGGGGGAAGGGGGGUGUUUUGGGUCGACGCACCGGUUCGACGUUUACGCGCGUGUCCACGGGACCGGCCGUAGUGCAUUUUCGGCAGCUAGUUCUCUCACGGGACUGGCGACGACUCUUCUUUCUAGGCAAUCACGUUUUUAGGUAAAAAAAAAAAAAAAUUGAAUUUCUUGUACGGUGAAACUGAUCGUGGAACGUGGAUCCGAGGACAGCGCACGUGGUCGACAGCGUGGGAAAUCAAGAGCCCCCCUCCCCCCUCCAUCUGAAACACGCCACGAACAUCCUGAUACUCUCGCGUCGCGAUCUUUUUUACGAAACGGUGAUCCAUCCCGUUCGUCUAUUUUCCUGAUCUAUUUUUUGUUUUCCUUUUCGGAAUCCUCCGACUGCUUGACGAGUCUCCGAGGCAGCAGCCGGCCCAGAGGAGGAUCGCGAUCGAUUUCUCGAGUGCACACGUCGACGACACUGCGCGCGCGCGGUGACUUCGACGGGCACUCCGCGCGAAACGACAA